AUGCAGAAGGAAAUUGAAGACGCUCUUAAAUACAAUGAAGCUUUCGAUCACCACAAAGAUGACUAUCAGAACCUCAUCCUAAGGAAGAGAGACACAGAAAUCCCGAAGCAACUAACUUAUGAAGAACAAGAAAUCUUUAUUGAUGUUCGAUUGUGCAAAGGAAAAAUUAUAUCGUGCGCUGCUUGGCAUCCAAAGAGAGAAGGUUACUUUGCGAUAGCGUACGUGAGCAACCGUCCUGGUAGACAUUUUUCUGGUGUUGACACGGCUUCCGAAUAUCUGCCGGAUGUCGAGGAUUCACCGGAAAACAUUCACGACAGAAAUCCUGUGCUACUGUGGAGCUUCAAAGAUCGAUUUCACUCAAAACUGACUCUUCUUAGUCCUCGACCUGUCCAGUGCCUAAAAUUCUGCCCGCACAACGCAGACAUACUUGUAGGCGGACUUACCAAUGGACAGAUAGUUAUAUGGGACCUUACGGAGAAUCUAAGACGGAUAGAAGGAGAACUUGAUACAUCAGAGUGGCGCGCAGUGGAAAGAACGUCUUUAAAAGGACUAAGCAGCUGGAAGAAGAAAGCAAAAGAAGGAAUAAGUAUGUACCCUACAGCAGUUUCUUCCCCUACCGUGUCCCACAAGGACUGCGUCACUGAUCUACAAUGGAUAGCGCCUACAUUACAGGUAUGUCGAGAUGGAGUUCUGGAAAAAGUUCCACCAACUUCACCAACGCUACAGUUCUUAUCGUGUUCUCUUGAUGGCCACAUGUAUGGAUGGAAUUUGUUGGAAGUACCUACACCGAAACGCAAGAAAGUGGUCCAGAAGAAGUCUGCGAAGCGGCCACGUUCUGAAGGCCCCGAGCGGACGCCUGUGUCUCCGUACGCCAAACUGCACGGCUUACUGCAACCCCAUUUCAAGGUCUCGGCUGACUACCCUAUUUCCAGUUUCAGUUCACCACUACCUGCUAUUUCCGGCAAUCGGCUAUCAGAGACGGAUGAAGUAGCCUCGACAUAUGGAGAAAUACGUCCAGAGGAAGAAAGGCAUCUGUCCCAGAAGCCGUUUCACUUCGGAGCCACCGACGCAACUCUAAUGGAAAUGAAUUACAUGCUAGACGACACUAAGGAAGAGCUAAUGACAGCUUUGCAGUUCACUUCCAUGGCAGAUGUACAUGACGGACCAAUAGAAGCGCUGGAAAGGUCUCAUUUUGUUGAAGAGAUAUUAAUUAGUCUUGGAGGCAGAGUGUUCGCUAUAUGGAGCGAAGAUUACAAGGGGCAGCCUCUCUACUGGAGACAGUAUAAGAUUCGACUGACAGCUUGCCGUUGGUUCCUUCAUCGUCCCAGCAUGUUUCUUAUUGCGAGAGAGGAUGGACGUUUCGAAACCUGGGACUGGUUUCUUGACAGUUGUCAACCAAUACACAUAACCGAUGUUUUGGGAAAGCCACUGACAGGAAUAUACCAGAGUCCAAUAAACCAUGACAACAUAUUUGGAGUUGCUGAUUCAGGAGGAACAUUCAGAAUAUUUAAUGUCCCUCAUGAAUACACAGAAUUCCAUCCUGAAGAUGGUAGCUCCAUAGUCACAAUCUGGAGAUGUUGCCCAGCCUCGUCUGUGCUUCAGACAUCUGCAGUUCCCUUGUCCUGUUCGGAUGUGGUUGAUAGUUCUCCACUGGCAUCUGGGGAGCGUGAAACCUGGAACUCACAUGGAAGACUUUUCAACCAGAUGACCGUUAUAAAACUGAGGAAUAUGUUUGAACAACAUGUUGAGUGCAAACGCCUAUUAACAUCAUGGACGACAAAAUGGAAAGAAAAAUUUGCUGAUUUUUUGAAGCAGAAAAGGAAAGAAGCUGAACGCCUCCAUAAACUGAAAAUGAUAAAGGAAAAGGAGAAAAUACGACUAGAGAAAGAAAGGCUUAAAGCCAUUAAAGAAGCAGAACUUGCAUUGCAGAAAAGAACAAAGCUAUUAAAGUGGCAGAAAGCACAGGAAAUAUGGGAUGCUAAACAAGAGAAACGAGCAAUAGGAAUACUCCUCAGUCAGAAGAACCUAGAUAAUGACCACCUAGAAACAGAGCAAAAGCCAUUCGUGAAAUUACAGGAGGAACAAAAAUCCAAAAGGAUAAAGCAGACAGAAGUAAUAAAUAUGAAUGAAAGUAUUUAUAAGGAAAUACUCUCUCUGAAAUUCCCUGAUCUCAAAGAGGAACUUGCUGGAGGUCCAGAAAUCAAAGAAACAAAAGAAGUACAAGAAGAAGAAAUGACUGUUCUAUUCAUAGAGCUAUAUGAGAAGAGUGAGACUGACUGCAUGGACCUCAUGCAAAGUCAUCCUUUUGACCACAAAUUUCAGUGGAUGGAUGUUGUGAAGGAAGCACAUUCCAAAUUGCACAAUGUGUAUACAGACAACACACAGGCCAGCAACCUAUAG